UGUGCUCCUUUGCCAAGUGUAUGUCAUGCUACCCAGAAAAAAUUAAUCUUGCUAAUGUGCAUUUAAAAUUUUAUAUUAAUAUUUGAGCCUUUUUAGGUAACCCCUUCUACUAUCUCCUUUGACAAGUGUUUAUUAUACUCCCGGUUUAUAAUAUCAAUAGACACAGAGAAGUUCAUAUCAUAACACCAUGGAUAUGAAUAAUAUACUUUCACUACAAGCCCUGGCUGUUACAACAUGCGCCACGCUGCUGUUUCUCUUCCUUCUCUUUUGGCUACGUAGAAGCCAUAUUAAUACUGCAGCAGCUAAAAAGACACCACCACCAGAAGCCGGCGGAGCAUGGCCUUUAAUCGGCCACCUCCACCUUCUAGGCGGCUCUCAACCACCACAUGUCACCUUGGGAAAAUUAGCCGAUAAAUACGGACCCAUCUUCACCUUACGUUUGGGUGUUCAUCGAACUUUAGUAGUAAGCAGUUACGAAAUGGCCAAACAGUGUUUCACCGUAAACGACAAAGCUUUUGCUUCACGUCCCAAAUCUCUAGCCUUUGAAGUUAUGGGGUAUAACUUUUCCAUGAUAGGUUUCAGUCCCUAUGGUUUUUACUGGCGCACAGUACGUAAAAUCGCCACCGUCCAUGUCCUCUCCGCACAACGAAUAGAUAUGCUUAAACACGUGAUGGAAUCUGAAGUGAAGAUAGCAAUGAAAGAGAGUUAUAACUUUUGGAUAAAGAUGAAGAAUAACAAGGAAACUUCUGAAAGGGUAAUUACGGAAAUGAAAAAAUGGUUUGGUGACAUAGCGAUAAACGUUAUGUUUAGAAUGGUAGUGGGGAAACGGUUCGAUGUUGACGAGGAAGAGAAUCGACGGAUAAGAAAAACUCUGAGAGAUUUCUUCGAUCUGAGCGGUUCGUUUGUUGUAUCUGAUGCGAUCCCGUAUUUGAGAUGGUUAGAUUUAGAUGGAAAAGAGAAGGAAAUGAAGAAAAUUGCAAAGGAAUUGGAUGAGUUUGUUCGUGUUUGUCUCGAUCAGCAUAAACGUGAUCGGAAACCUGCCGGCGGCGAACUUGACUUCAUGGACGUUCUUCUUUCCACCAUUGACGAUCAAGAUUUGGACGGUCGAGAUUCUGAUACUACAGUCAAAGCUACUUGUCUGACACUAAUUCUAGCAGGUACAGACACUACAGCAGGAACAUUAACUUGGACUUUAUCUUUACUUCUUAACAACCGUGAAGUUCUAAACAAAGCCAUUCAAGAAUUAGAUACACAAACUGGUAGAGAAAAGAUGAUAAUGGAAUCAGAUUUGAAUAAGUUAGAGUAUCUCCAAGCUAUUAUUAAGGAAACAUUGCGUUUGUACCCACCUUCACCACUAAGUUUGCCUCAUGAGUCCAUUGAAGAUUGUAUUGUUGGUGGAUACCAUGUGCCAGCGGGCACGCAUCUCCUAACCAACCUCUCGAAACUUCAACGAGAUCCUAUGUUAUAUUCUAAUCCGUUGGAGUUUCGUCCAGAGAGAUUCCUUGCAAGACACAAAGAUGUUGAUGUCAAGGGCCAACAUUUUGAGUUGAUUCCGUUUGAUGCGGGUAGAAGAAUAUGUCCUGGAAUUUCAUUUGGUCUUCAAUUAAUGCAAAUAACACUUGCUACUUUGUUGCAUGGUUUUGACAUAGUGAAUUCUGAUGAAGGACUAGUUGAUAUGGCUGAACAAAGUGGAAUAACCAACAUCAAAGCCUCUCCUCUCCAAGUCAUUCUCACUCCACGUUUGUCACCCCAAGCUUUUAGUUAAACUUAAUGAUUCAGACAUAAGGAGUAAGGGCGAGAGCAUCUCCGGCAAUGGUAUUUAUCAUACAAAUUUGACUAAGUGGGGUCAAUGUCAAUUAUCAUACAAAUUUUUACACAGAUGUAUAAAUGCAUAAGCUUUUAAAUAUAAUUCAGAUUCAGUUUCAUUUGCAUUUCAUUUGGUUUUACAUCUAACUUUCUUUUCACUUGGGUGUUAGUAUAUCAUAGGAAAUUUUUUCAACCUUCUUUAAGUUCUAAGAUUUUAUUAUCUUGAGCAAAUGUUUUUAUGGAAAAUGCUUUCACAAGAAAGAGAACAAAAUAUAUAGUGAUGAAUAUAGAUAUUUUGUUG